AAAAGGUCGUUGUGCUACGCCAUAGCCUGCCGUAUACGUCAGUCGCCUUCCUUUGCUAAGACAAGCACAGAGGCUCUCUGCCGUCCUCCGGCUGUUUUCUCUGCUGACGUUCAUGUAUAUAAUGCAGCAGCAAGCGCGUAUGCAGAAAAACGUUUGCUUGAAUAUUUCUUGACUCAUCCUCCUCGCGGCCCGCCCUCUCUCUCUACCUUGUGACCUCAUCAGUGACGUCAUGGAGAAAACUUCAGAUGCCACCCCGGCGUGCCAAUGACUUAUGACGUCAUGAAAAUCAGACUUGAUGAACAAAUUGAUGGUAGAAGCACAUCUAAGAAUUCAGUGAUUCAGGUUGGAAGUCAGUGACGGCUGUUCCUCGAGAGGUGAUCAUAGUUCAAAUACCAAUGAAGAAGGUUAAUGUUGCUGCUGCCUUAAACGGCGCCUAUUGGAGUGCUGGGACGUUACACGUAUUGAGGGCUGUGGUAUGCAGCCUUUGUUUCAAGACAGUCGCUGGCUGUCUUCUGGUAUACGUGCUCGUCAAAGUUUGCUUCGACACGAGUGAAUUCAAAGAAGCACGGUUCAAAACGUUGUUUGAAAGAUUCUCUGUGGCGGACAAAAUAUCUGUGGCGGAUGCGAAACAGCGAAUGAGUACUCUGGCACCGAAUAAAAUCAGUGUAAAUGCAGGAGUUCCGGCUGACGUCCUGAGUGAUAGCAAUAGAACAAGUGUCUCUGCACAGCAGCUGUGCCCACCUGUACCGCCAAAUCUCGUCGGUUACAUACCCACCAAGAUGGAUGUACCAUCCUUAGAGGCAGUAGAAGGAGAAUUUCCCGACGUAAUGACUGGCGGUCGCUUCCGACCCAAAGAAUGCACAUCUCGACACAGGUUGGCUAUCCUCAUACCAUAUCGAAACCGCGAAGAACACCUCAAAAUCUUCAUAUACAACAUCCAUCGGGUGCUGGCGAGACAGCAGAUUGACUACGGUGUCUUUGUUAUUGAGCAGGGAGACGAUAAGGAGUUUAACCGAGCUAAGCUCUUAAACAUUGGAUUCGUGGAAUCUACAGCAUUGUAUGAUUACCAGUGCUUCGUGUUCCACGAUAUAGAUCUCGUGCCAGUCGACGAUCGCAAUGUCUACACUUGUCCUCAGCAGCCACGGCAUAUGUCUGUGAGAAUAAACGAAGGAUCGGGCGUUCCCUACGUUUUGAUGUUCGGUGGCGUUAGUGCCUUGAGCAAGGAGCUAAUGCUACGGGUUAACGGCUUCUCAAACGUGUACUGGGGUUGGGGAGCAGAGGACGACGACAUGACUUUCAGGUUGAAACAUAUCAACCAGACCAUUCUGAGACGUCCUGCGGACAUCGCGCGAUACAAGUCUCUGAGACACACACAAAGCAAGAAGAAUGAGGCCAGGCAUAGCAUCCUUAAGGACUGGGAAAAGCGCUAUAAGACGGAUGGAUUGAACAGCUUGAAGUACAAAGUCAUGGAUAUGGAGUUUAAGAAGCUCUACACGUGGAUACUGGCUGACCUAAGAGAGUGACAGAUAGCUUAUUUAUGCUCCUCGCGUUUUCCCGUUUUUUUAUUUUUCCGUAUUGCUUAACCCGUUCGUGCAAUUUGGUGCUUUAGUCAUUCUUUCAGUUUCGUGUUGUGCUCUUUCCGGUGGCAGUUGCCAGCCCGCUGCUCGUUUUCCCUUUUACUGUCAAGUAUACAGGGUGUCCCACGUAACUUGAGCCAAGGUGUUAAAAAUGAAAGGCGCGUCGGAAGCAAAUUAAACCUAAGCAUAAUAUUUGCACUGGCCUAUAGUAAAUAAAGUAAUUUUUCCCCGUAACUCAAUAAUUAAUUAGGUUAUUAAUUAGUUAUUUGCUAACGACCCCAACUAAGAUGCACAGAUUUGUAGAGCACCGUCAGAAUCCAACGAUCGAGUUAUUUACUGUGCGAUACGCCUCACGUAUUCCUUUUUAUCCGGGUCGCAAAGAAAUCCCGCGAAAUAUCAAAAAUAAGCCGCGUGACAUAAGGGUUGCGCAGUGGUAUCAUGCUGCUCCCAAGCAUGCCUUCGGUUAUAAGGUCGGCUCUCGUCAGAUGACGGCGCCAAUGCAUGCCGCUGGCCGGGAGUUGCCGAGGAGAUAACGCCCUGCCGCUUCCCUGUCGCUAGUCACGAUGCAGCCGACCUUGUUCCCCGAACGCUCGCUUGAGAGCAGCAGGGUACCACGACGCAACCGCUCCGUCACGUGGCUUUCUUUCACAUUUCGCGGGCUUUCUUUGCAACCCGGAAAAAAAGGACUGCGUGAGACGUAUCAUAGAGAAAAUAACUCGAUCGGUGGUUCCUGAUGGUGCUCUACAAAUCUGUGCAUCAUACUUGGGGUACUCAGCCAACUAUUAAAAAUCUCGAUAAUCAAACUUAAUAAUUAGUGAGUUACGGGGAAAACAAAAAAAAAUGUCUGAGUUACUAUAUACCAAUGCGAAUAGUAUGCGUUCUCUUCAAUUCACUUCCGGCGUGCCUUUCAUUUUUUAAAAAUCUUGGCUAAAGUUACGAGGGACAGCCUGUAUAUAUUUGUUUACAAAACAAACAAUAGGAACAGUAAUACUAUUGCUAAUAAAUCGUGAGGCUACUACUUCGUGGAGCUUUGACACCUUCUUCACAAAACGUAUUAAGGUACACAUUGGCGUUCUGGUUGAUAUUUUCUCCAAAAAGCCAUCCUCCAUCAAUGCAAUACAAAAUUAGCGGUGCAUUCGAUUGAUCUCAUCACGCUCUAGCUGAAUGCGGAGUUCUCUGGAGACUGCAGCCAAGAAAAUCCCGCAUGAUCCGAACGUUCAGUUGCUCCUAGAAACUCUGGAGCCAUGUUUCUAGUGUUCUGCCGAAUUUCUGCUGCGCUUCCCGCCACAACAUACAAGGGCCUCCGAGCUUGACCGCACCGCUCUGUAUGACCCAGGCGAAUGUGUUCUGAGCGCUUAAUUUCGACCAGCCGUAUGUAAAGGGCGCCGGCAAAGCACUUUAGAGUGCUCGAAUGCGAGCAGCUGAAAGUAUCACUAGUACCAACUGUGUCAUCAGCGUGAUGGUAGUGCGUGGCACGUUAUGGGAGCCAUUACAUUAAAGGGAUCCUGAACCACCUUCUCUGGAAGCCUCAGGACACCCACGCAAGGAGUGUGGUCGUAUAUGUCGUCAUCCUUGAUUGAAUAAAUGUAUAGUUUCAAAAUCUAA